CGAGUGCUUCCCCAACUCCACUCUCUCUCUCGCCAGCUCUUCCCAAAAAAACAAGUUUAAAGUUGGUAGCUUCGUGCCGCCCCUGCCUCCGAGACCCCGCGAAUCUCGCUCGCCGCCAUGGCCGCCGCUUCCGCGCCCCUGCUGCUCGCCCUGGCGCUCGCCUCCGCCUCCAUCCUCGCGUCGCUGGCCGCGGGGGACACCAACGGGGUGUACGACCCCUGCAGCGACUCGCGGAUCCAGCGCGGGGACGGCUUCACCUUCGGCCUCGCCUUCGCCGGCAGCAGCGCCUUCUUCUCCGGCUCCACCCAGCUCUCCCCCUGUGACCGCCGCCUCAACCUUGCUAACCCCUCCCAGCUCGCCGUCUUCCGCCCCAAGGUCGACGAGAUCUCCCUCCUCACCGUCAACACCACCACAGGCUUCAGCCCCGCCUCAGCUGGUGGAUACAUGGUAGCAUUUGCUGGUAGGAAGUAUGCAGCUAGAUCUGCGCCGGUCUUUGUCUCCAAUUCCUCAGUUACAGUGUCCAGCUUCACCUUGGUUCUUGAAUUCAACAAAGGCAGGCUUCAGAACUUGCACUGGAAGAAGGAUGGAUGUGGUGCUUGCUCGGGGAAGUCAAACUUCAUUUGCCUUGGCAAGCAAACUUGCGCCAUUAGAACCAAUGUCUGCAAGAGCCAGAACCAGGGAACCAUGGACUGCAGUAUCGGCAUCCAACUGGCUUUCUCAGGUACCGAUAAGCACGAGUCAGUGCUGAACUCGUGGUACGAGGUGUCAAACCUGCAGCAGUACUCGCUCUACGGCCUGUACUCAAACGUGAAGGGCUCCCUAAGUGGCCAGUUCAACAAGUUCUUCUAGGGGUUUUGGCGCGACUAUUGUCUAUAACACUCUCCUGCCACUGCCUCUCUGCAGAACUGAUUUUAGCUAGCUCGUGUGAAAAUUAAGCUCAGUUAUAUGUAUUUACCCUCUCGAGUUAUUUUUAUGCGAGUAUUCUUUCCAGUACUGGUUGCACUCAACUUUAAUUAAUCAUGUGAUUGAUUGUUUGCUGUCAAUGGUAUCGUCGUCUACCGAAGAAAA